CGUGUGGAUUCUCUGAUGGAUCCUGUUGCUCCAGUGUAUGCUAUCUUACGAAGAUGCUCAAAAGAAAUGUUGAUGCUUCAUUACUCAAUACCCGAGUUCAACUCUACAGACCAGUUCCUCGCCUUAGUCGCUCGCAAACUUGGUAGGCUGAAAAAGGGAGCUCGACCUGAUACUAACGCGGCUGCUAAACACGUCUUGCAUGAUUGGAAUAGUGGUAGACUGAGGUACUACACUCAACCACCAGAGGAAGUUUCAUCCACUGCACCUGAGACGGGAGUUUCUGCGGAAAUUGUCAAUCAGUUCAGCAAAGAGUUUGACAUCGAUGCUCUGAAUGACGACUUGAAGCAAUUGGUCGAAGGUUUGUCAUGUUUUGUGGCUCGUUUGUUUUUAUAA